AUGCCGCGUCUCCUGGCGCCCCUGCUCUGCCUGGCGCUGCUGCCCGCGCUCGACGCACGAGGUCCGCGAUGCUCCCAGCCUGGUGAGACCUGCUUGAAUGGCGGGAAGUGUGAAGUGGUCAACGGCACCGAGGCCUGCGUCUGCGGCGGAGCCUUUGUGGGCCCACGAUGCCAGGACCCCAGCCCGUGCCUCAGCUCCCCCUGCAAGAACGCUGGGACCUGCCACGUGGUGGACCGUGGCGGCGUGGCCGACUACACCUGCAGCUGCCUCCUGGGCUUCUCCGGGCCCCUCUGCCUGACGCCCCUCGACAACGCCUGCCUCACCAACCCCUGCCGCAACGGGGGCACCUGUGACCUGCUCACGCUCGCCGAGUACAAGUGUCGCUGCCCCCCCGGCUGGUCAGGGAAGUCCUGCCAGCAGGCUGACCCCUGCGCCUCCAACCCCUGUGCCAACGGCGGCCAGUGCCUGCCCUUCGAGGCCUCGUACAUUUGCCACUGCCCGGCCAGCUUCCACGGCCCCACCUGCAGGCAGGACGUCAACGAGUGCAGCCAGAACCCCGGGCUCUGCCGCCACGGGGGCACCUGUCACAACGAGGUCGGCUCCUACCGCUGCAGCUGCCGCGCCACCCACACCGGCCCCCACUGCGAGUCGCCCUACGUGCCCUGUAGCCCCUCGCCCUGCCAGAACGGGGGCACCUGCCGCCCCACGGGGGACGUCACCCACGAGUGCGCCUGCCUGCCAGGCUUCACGGGCCAGAACUGUGAGGAGAACGUGGACGACUGCCCAGGGAACGACUGUGAGAACGGGGGCGCCUGUGUGGACGGCGUGAACACCUACAACUGCCGGUGCCCCCCGGAGUGGACAGGUCAGUACUGCACGGAGGACGUGGACGAGUGCCAGCUCAUGCCCAACGCCUGCCAGAACGGCGGGACCUGCCACAACACCCACGGCAGCUACAGCUGCGUGUGCGUCAAUGGCUGGACCGGGGAGGACUGCAGUGAGAACAUCGACGACUGCGCCAGUGCCGCCUGUUUCCAGGGCGCCACCUGCCACGACCGCGUGGCCUCUUUCUACUGCGAGUGUCCCCACGGCCGCACAGGUCUGCUCUGCCACCUCAACGACGCUUGCAUCAGCAACCCCUGCAACGAGGGCUCCAACUGCGACACCAACCCUGUCAACGGCAAGGCCAUCUGCACCUGCCCCUCGGGGUACACGGGGCCGGCCUGCAGCCAGGACGUGGACGAGUGCUCGCUGGGUGCCAACCCCUGUGAGCACGCCGGCAAGUGCAUCAACACGCUGGGGUCCUUCGAGUGCCAGUGUCUGCAGGGCUACACGGGCCCCCGCUGCGAGAUCGACGUCAACGAGUGCAUCUCAAACCCGUGUCAGAACGACGCCACCUGCUUGGACCAGAUCGGGGAGUUCCAGUGCAUCUGCAUGCCGGGCUACGAGGGCGUGCACUGCGAGGUCAACACGGACGAGUGCGCCAGCAGCCCCUGCCUGCACGGCGGCCGCUGCCUGGACAAGAUCAACGAGUUCCAGUGCGAGUGUCCCACGGGCUUCACCGGACACCUGUGUCAGUACGACGUGGACGAGUGUGCGAGCACCCCGUGUCGGAACGGCGCCAAGUGCCUGGACGGGCCCAACACCUACGUCUGCGUGUGUGCGGAAGGCUACACCGGGACCCACUGUGAAGUGGACAUAGACGAGUGUGACCCCGACCCCUGUCACUAUGGCUCCUGCAAGGACGGCGUCGCCACCUUCACCUGCCUAUGCCGGCCCGGCUACACAGGCCACCACUGCGAGACCAACGUCAACGAGUGCUACAGCCAGCCCUGCCGCCACGGCGGCACCUGCCAGGACCGCGACAACUCCUACCUCUGCUUCUGCCUCAAGGGGACCACAGGACCCAACUGCGAGAUCAACCUGGACGACUGCGCCAGCAGCCCCUGCGAGGCGGGCACCUGCCUGGACAAGAUCGACGGCUACGAGUGCGCCUGUGACCCCGGCUACACAGGGAGCGUGUGCAACAUCAACAUCGACGAGUGCGCGGGCAACCCCUGCCACAACGGCGGCACCUGCGAGGACGGCGUCAACGGCUUCACCUGCCGCUGCCCCGAGGGCUACCACGACCCCACCUGCCUGUCUGAGGUCAACGAGUGCAGUAGCAACCCCUGCAUCCACGGGGCCUGCCGGGACAGCCUCAACGGGUACAAGUGUGACUGUGACCCUGGGUGGAGUGGGGCCAACUGUGACAUCAACAACGACGAGUGUGAGUCGAACCCCUGCGUCAACGGCGGGACCUGCAGAGACAUGACCAGCGGCUACGUGUGCACGUGCCGGGAAGGCUUCAGUGGCCCCAACUGCCAGACCAACAUCAACGAGUGCGCGUCCAACCCGUGUCUGAACCAGGGCACGUGCAUCGACGACGUUGCCGGGUACAAGUGCAGCUGCCCGCUGCCCUACACAGGUGCGGUGCUGCCUCGCGGUGCUGGCGGGGGGUCGCCGG